GAGAGGAUGGGAAUCAGCAGCAGCAAAGCAGUGACAAGCUGGACAGACAGAUCCAGUGAGACAGGCAGCAAACAGAGAACCAGCACUACCCAGGUCUGGGAACCUGAUCUAUCAGCCAAGAUGUGCAAAGGACUUGCUGGGGUGACCUCCUUCCCCGCCACCUGCCUGAAAAGCGCCAAAGAUAUGAAGCAUCGACUUGGAUUUCUUCUACAGAAAACUGACAGUUGUGACAACAGCGCAUGCGUGAAGAAAGACAAACCUGGUUGUCAGAGGCUAACUCAGGAAGAGAUUAAAAAAUGGGCAGAAAGCUUGGAAAACCUAAUCAACAAUGAAUGUGGUAUAGUGGCUUUUCGAUCCUUUCUUCAAUCGGAGUACAGUGAAGAAAACCUUGAUUUUUGGCUUGCAUGUGAAAAUUACAAGAAGACAAAAUCAACAACAAAGCUUUCAAGCAAAGGCCAAAAAAUCUAUGAGGACUUCAUUUCUGUGGAGGCUCCUAGAGAAGUCAACCUAGAUUCAAUUACUCGAGAAGAGACAAUCAAGAGUAUUCUUCACCCUACCUAUUCUACUUUUGAGCAGGCCCAGCACAAAAUAUUUAUCUUAAUGGAGAAGGAUUCAUACCGACGCUUUCUCAAGUCACAUUUCUACCUGGACAUUGUCCACUUGACCACCAAUGGAGGUACUAAGAAGAUUAAAGGUCUUAGCACUGACAGCAACCCCUUCAUUCCUCAGUGCGCCUAAGACGCAGACUGUGCAUGGCCGCAGCCAAGAACUGAUUGUCUAUGUGCUCUUAUCUAUACCCUAUGAUGGCUCAGAUCCGGUCCUGAGCUAGCUCCUCUUAUUUAUUAGAUGUGUGUGUCUUGCAUGCAUUUCUGUCCUAUUGGGGCGAGCUGGAAGAGUAAUUCAGACCCGUGCAAUGUUGUACAGACUCCGGACUCAAUGACAAAUGGGACAGGCAUGUCUAAUACAAUAUUCUCAGGUGAAAGAUUAAAGGUGCCUUCAUUUUGAAGGACUUAGCAGCUAAUCUAUCUUGUAGAAGAUAUGAUAUGAAGCUAUAGAGGUCCACAUGAUACUAGCUGGCAGAGAAUGAAGCUUUUUUAAUUGUACAUGUUCAAGGGCAUAUAAGAAACAGCUUCCCUUUGAUGAAGAGGUCAUGGUCAGGAGAUGUUUAACUUUCUACAGCCCAGGGAAGCCAGUAGAAGGCAAUAUUUUAUUGCUGUAUUGACAGUGUCAUAUAUUUAUAGACGGAAGCUAGAACUACUGACGGAAGCAGGCAACACUGCAUUUAUUUUAUUACAGAUAUUUAUUUUGACAAUGCUGUUUUUAAGUUACAGUCGUUCGCCUUUUUCUAAGCAUAUUUGGAGUUUCUUUUGCAUUGGUUUGCAAAGCUUUUAUAAUUUAUAUUGUCGAGAUGAAAAGAGUCGUUCUAACGGGCCUCUCAUUGAUCAAACACCGUGUCAAUGAACAAGUGAGAGGGAUAAAAGCAGAACAAGUGUAGCGAUGACUGCUGGCAACUAUUGCUGGUAAUGGCAGGGAACAAUCCUUUAAGUCAAUGGUGUUACGAGCAUGUAUCUGCCUGGGUAGUGUGUGCAUGUUUGUGAUUUCCAAAAAGAUAUGUGAUGCCAAAUAAACUGUGUCCUGUAAAUAGUGUUAUAUUGUUGAGAUGGCACCCUGGGAUAUGUUGUCCUAGUGCACACACCCUGGACUUGUGUGAUGAGUAUACUCUUAAACACUAACUAAAUCUACGGAAAAGGAAUGAAGAACCUUAAGGAAAAAUCUUAUGGAAAUGUUUCUUUCAGUUAGACUAGCUAUACAGUACUACCAGGAAGCCAUUCUGGUGCUUGAAAAUAAGUUUAAAAUAAAAAAAACUCUACUGUAACAUAGACAUAGGGAGACAGUGCCCAUAUGUUUGCAUCACUCCAUUAAAUGAGAAGGCCUUGGUUCCUUUCAUCUAGUGUAAAAUAAAGGGCACAUGAUGUUGGAGACGUUCCUACUUGGGAGAACGCUGGCAAUAACCCUGCAAUUUAUUGGCACUCACAGGAUGCCCACAGCCUUGUGUUACUGUGAAAUAGACUCACCUGUGCCUAAUUGUGCCAGGAAAGUGGAUAGACUGUGGGUUAUUGCCUAUAAAUGAUACAUCACAGAGACGCCUGGCACUAGCAGCAUGCCAUAAACUGAAGCCGUGGUUCACAGCAGGACCUUGCUUCGCUGGUUAACAUGGUAUUUCUCUGCUAAUCCCCGACUGUACAUAUGUUCUCUAUUACAUUCGUGAUUAGCUCUUCUGUAAUGUCAGUGUGCAGUACAUGAAUGUUAACAGUGAAUUUUCUAUAUUCUGUGCCCGGGUAAUGCCAUAUGUCGCUGGAUUUCAGACUGUGUAUCGUAUUACUUGAAAUAAAGAUGUUUCCUAUGGACAAACCAUGAACA